AUGACUAUAACGUUCUCUUCAACAAUAACAAUUGUGCCAACGACUACAUCAACAAUAGUUUCGACAACAUCAUUAACGACGAUAGCAACUACACCCUCAACUGUUUUAACAACUUCAUCAACAAUUGUCUCGACCACAUCACUAACGACAGUGACAACAAAAACGACUGUCCGUGAUUUAUCUUAUGAAGAAUCUCGUUACUCAAAUGGUAGAAGGCCUAUUGCAAUAGCAGUUGCUGAUGUUAACCAUGACAAUGUAUCCGAUGUUUUUAUCUCAUAUAUCGAUAAAUUCUACAUUGAAAUUACUUUUCAUGGUAGCAACGGAACAAUUCUCUCUCGAAAAAAGCACCAUAAUAAUGCUGCUGCAGUUUCGAUAGCAUUAGGCGAUAUUAAUGAUGACAACAAACUAGAUAUUGUCACUCUAAAUGUACACUAUGGUAGCUGUUCCGUUGGCAUUUCAUUCAAUACAGACGAUGGCUCUUUUACCAUCCCAAGAGAACACCGUUAUUAUUGGAAUGACCUAAAGUCAGUUGCAGUAGUUGAUUUCGAUGGAGACAACAAUCUGGAUGUUGCUAUUGUUUCUGCUGCUGAUAUAGGCUAUGGAAACGGCCGCAUUUAUCUACUUCGUAACACAGGCGGUGAUUAUUUGGCCUGUUGUACUACGUAUGAUGUUGGUAGAUCUCCAUCCUCAAUAGCAGUAGAUAAUGCGAAAGUUUAUGGAGGUCUCAGUAUUGUUGUCACUAACAAUGGUGCCCGGACCGUCACAUUUUUUCGCUAUUAUGGUAUUGAUCGUGAUCUCUAUUUUCGACACAGUGACCACCUUGUUCAUUCUCCAUCAUCAGUGGGCAUAGCUGAUUUAAAUAAUGAUGGCCAUUUAGACAUAGUUAUCACGUUUUCGGAUUAUCAUCUAGUUGGUGUUCUUCUUAACGACUGUCGUGGUUAUUUUUUUCCUCUUGUUACUUAUAUAACAGAUGGAUGGUCAAAAUCAGUAAUGAUUGCCGAUCUAAAUGGCGAUUACAAAAAUGAUAUAAUUACUGGAAGCUUUGAUGUUAAUACUAUUAGUGUUCUCCUAAAUAUUGGUAAUGGUACAUUUCUUCCUCGGAAAACUUAUAGAGUUAGCAAGACUCCACAAGUAAUUGCGAUAAUCGAUGCAAAUAAUGACAACAAGCCCGAUAUCAUAUACGCAAACGAACAUUCAGAUUAUGUUGGUAUUCUCUUACAUUGUUAA